CUGCGUUUAUGACCGCCAACUUCAACUCUACAAACUCUCUAGUCUAAAAAUUCUCAAGUACUUUUCCUUGAUCUGCAAGUUCUAUUUUCUGAACUUUCGAUCUCGAGAUCUUCAAAAAUGGGUUUCCGUCUUCCGGCUGUACUUCCUGCUAAGAAACUUCUUAGGCGGUCCUUUUCAAAUACAACCAGAGGAGCUUCAACUAAUUUAGUAGAUGUCCCAAAAGGUUAUUUUGCAGUUUAUGUUGGCGAGAACGAAAAGCAGAGAUAUGUAAUUCCAGUAUCAUUCCUGAAUGAGCCUGAAUUUCAAGACUUGGUAAGUCAGGCUGAAGAAGAAUUCGGGUUUGAUCAUCCCAUGGGUGGUCUAACAAUUCCCUGCAGACAAGAUGCCUUCCUUCAUCUCACUUCUCGCUUGAAUACUUUGUGAGAAUGCAUAAUUGAAAGUCUCUAUAUUACAUGAACAAAAAAUUUUGUACAGUAGACAAACUCAACAUUCUGUAAUUUUUUUUCCAUGGCAAGUGAACCAAAUGUCUCCCUGGAUUAUGUAGAAAUCCAGCAACUUUUAAUUUGGUACUAAUAGUUUUUGACUAAUAGUUUUUUACUGCAUAAAAUACAUUUGUUGCCUUCUUUA